UGGCUCAGCGUGCUGCUCGGGCUCGUGCUGGGCUUCGUGCUGGCCUCGCGGCUCGUCCUGCCCCGCGCCUCCGAGCUGAAGCGAGCGGGCCCGCGGCGCCGUGCCAGCCUCGAGGGCUGCCGGCCCGGGCAGGCGGCGGCGGCGGCUUCCCAGGCCGGCGGGGCGCGCGGCGAUGCGCGCGGGGCGCAACUCUGGCCCCACGGCCCGGCCCCGGAUGGAGGCCCGCGCGACAGGAACUUUCUCUUCGUGGGAGUCAUGACCGCUCAGAAAUACCUGCAGACCCGCGCCGUGGCCGCGUACAGAACGUGGUCCAAGACGAUUCCUGGGAAAGUCGAAUUCUUCUCUAGUGAGGGUUCAGACACCUCGAUACCAAUUCCGAUAGUGCCGCUGCGGGGUGUGGAUGACUCCUACCCACCCCAGAAGAAGUCUUUCAUGAUGCUCAAGUACAUGCAUGACCACUACUUGGACAAGUACGAAUGGUUCAUGAGAGCAGACGAUGAUGUAUAUAUCAAAGGAGACCGCCUGGAGAACUUCCUGCGGAGUUUGAAUAGCAGUGAGCCCCUCUUUCUUGGGCAGACGGGGCUGGGCACCACGGAAGAAAUGGGGAAACUGGCCCUGGAACCCGGGGAGAACUUCUGCAUGGGGGGUCCUGGUGUGAUCAUGAGCCGAGAGGUCCUCCGCAGGAUGGUGCCGCACAUUGGGAAGUGUCUCCGGGAGAUGUACACCACCCACGAGGACGUGGAGGUGGGCCGAUGUGUCCGCAGGUUCGCGGGGGUGCAGUGUGUCUGGUCUUACGAGAUGCAGCAACUUUUUUAUGAGAAUUACGAGCAGAACAAAAAGGGGUACAUUAGAGAUCUCCAUAACAGUAAAAUUCACCGAGCCAUCACACUGCACCCCAACAAAAACCCGCCCUACCAGUACCGGCUCCACAGCUACAUGCUCAGUCGCAAAAUAGCCGAACUCCGCCACCGCACCAUUCAGCUCCACCGCGAGAUCGUCCUGAUGAGCAAAUACAGCAACACCGAGGUUCAUAAGGAAGACCUCCAGCUGGGGAUCCCUCCUUCCUUCAUGAGGUUUCAGCCCCGCCAGCGAGAGGAGAUUCUGGAGUGGGAGUUUCUGACUGGGAAAUAUUUGUAUUCGGCUGCAGAUGGCCAGCCCCCUCGAAGAGGGAUGGACUCCGCCCAGAGAGAGGCCUUGGAUGACAUUGUCAUGCAGGUCAUGGAGAUGAUCAAUGCCAACGCCAAGACCAGAGGGCGCAUUAUUGAUUUCAAGGAGAUACAGUAUGGCUAUCGCCGCGUGAAUCCCAUGUAUGGGGCCGAAUAUAUCCUGGACCUGCUGCUUCUGUACAAAAAGCACAAAGGGAAGAAAAUGACGGUUCCUGUGCGGAGGCACGCGUAUUUACAGCAGACCUUCAGCAAGAUCCAGUUUGUGGAGCACGAGGAACUGGAUGCCAAGGAAUUGGCCAACAAAAUCAAUCAGGAGUCUGGAUCCUUGUCCUUUCUCUCGAAUUCCCUGAAGAAGCUUGUUCCCUUUCAGCUCCCCGGGUCGAAGAGCGAGCACAAAGAACCCAAAGAGAAAAAGAUAAAUAUAUUGAUUCCUUUGUCUGGACGUUUUGACAUGUUUGUGAGAUUUAUGGGUAACUUCGAGAAGACAUGUCUCAUUCCAAAUCAGAACGUCAAGCUUGUUGUUCUGCUUUUCAAUUCUGACUCCAACCCUGACAAGGCCAAACAAGUUGAACUCAUGAGAGAUUAUCGCGUUAAGUACCCUAAAGCUGACAUGCAGAUUUUGUCUGUGUCUGGAGAGUUUUCAAGAGCUUUGGCCCUUGAAGUAGGAUCUUCCCAGUUUAAUAAUGAAUCCUUGCUCUUCUUCUGUGACGUUGACCUCGUGUUCACUACAGAAUUCCUCCAACGAUGUCGAGCAAAUACAGUUCUCGGCCAACAAAUAUAUUUUCCAAUCAUCUUUAGCCAGUACGAUCCAAAGAUUGUUUAUAGUGGGAAAGUUCCCAGUGACAACCAUUUUGCCUUUACUCAAAAAACUGGCUUCUGGAGAAACUAUGGGUUUGGCAUUACUUGUAUUUAUAAGGGAGAUCUUGUCCGAGUAGGCGGCUUUGAUGUUUCCAUCCAAGGCUGGGGGCUUGAGGAUGUGGACCUUUUCAACAAGGUUGUCCAGGCAGGUUUGAAGACGUUCAGGAGCCAAGAAGUAGGAGUAGUCCACGUCCACCAUCCCGUCUUCUGUGAUCCCAAUCUUGAUCCCAAACAGUACAAAAUGUGCUUGGGGUCCAAAGCAUCAACAUAUGGGUCCACACAGCAGUUGGCUGAAAUGUGGCUAGAAAAAAAUGACCCAAGUUACAGUAAAAGCAGCAAUAAUAAUGGCUCAGUGAGGACAGCCUAAUGUCCAGCUCUGCUGGAAAAGACGUUUUUAACUAUCUAAUUUAUUUUUCAAAAAUUUUUUGUAUGAUCAGUUUUUGAAGUCCAUACAAGGAUAUAUUUUACAUGUGAUUUUCUUACAAAGGACUCCUUGAAGAUCGAGCUUUUUGAACAAAAAUGUGAUCAUGUUUGCCUUUGAACACAUUUUCUUGCUGAACGUCAUGUAGCAGACUUGCUUCACUAGGACUUGAAAUGUACCUGAUGAACAAAACUUUUUUUUUCAUUUCCUUUUCAGACCCCUUUGCUGUAGUCCUAUGGCAGAAAACGUGAACGAUCCUGCAAAGUAUUAUUGUAACAAAACACUGUAACUCUGGUAAAUGUUUUGUUGUAACUGUUAACAUUGCACAGAUUCUACCUUUUGUCUUUUUUAUGACUUUUUUUUUUAAGCCGUUUCGUGUUCCAGUUGUAAAAUAAGGAAAUGUGAUAAUAGCUGUAUCGUCAUCUUCAGGAGAGCUUUCCAAAGUUGAUUCUUUCUCUCAAACUUGGGUUUGUUGUCAUGGAGGUUUUUUGAAGCAGAGGGAACAAGGAAGGCACAGUGAGGCCAUGGAUGCCCUUGUGAUUCCUGUAGCCUGAAUGGACCUGGCAUUAAAUUCCCAGAAGGCUUUGGCAUUUUCUGUCUUCCUGACCCUUCUCUUGAAAGGGUCAAGUAUUAGUACUUAGAACAGCAAAGAAGAAUUAUUGUAAUAAAUCUUAUGUGCGCAAGCUAAAACAAAAAAACCCACCCUCAUGAAAGCAUUGGGGGAGAUGUAUUGGUUUGUUCCCUUCACCCUUCUGUGUUACGUUGGUGGAAAUGGUUAUUUCAUUCUUUCAUUGCUGUUUUGUUUUCUCCUUUGUAUCUGAAGUACCUUUAAUUUAUUUAAUAUCCGUUGGUUAGAGCACUGCCGUUUCUGGAGUCCCUCUUAGUUACUGGUAUUUAUGUGUAUUGGGCGUGUGUUUAGUAUGUUUUAUUUGCAGUAAAAAAACUGAUCUCCAAAGAUUUCCUUUUGUAAAGUCUUUUCCCCCCUCGUUAAUUUUUACAUUCCUUACUGUUUUACUAAAUAUUAAGUGUUCUUUGACAAUUUUGGUGCUCACUUGUGUUGGGGACAAAAGUGAAAUGAAUCUGACAUUACAUCAGAAAGUUUUAAAGUUUGUUUUAAACUCACAGAUCAAACGUGCCUUAAUAAAUUUUUUUUUCAUUUAGAUUUCAAACAGUAACAGAUUUGCCAUUUUAAUAUACAUCAUUGGAGAUCUGCUUACUUGUAAAUAGCCUGUUGCUCAUUUGGAAAAAUAAACUAGUAAACAAUAUUUUUCUAUUGUACUUUUCAGAUCCAUUUUGUCUCAUUACUCCUGUUUUAGCUGAAGAAUUGUAUUACAUUUGGAAAGUAAAAAACUUAAACACU